AGGGGAAACCAGACACACACAGUGCGCCGUGACACUAGGCCCUCCAGUGUUGCGGAGAGGCAAGAGCAGCGCGGAGAGGCGAGAGCACCUGUCCGCCCGGAGCCGGGACGCGGGCGCCGGGGCGGCCGGACGGAGCGAGAAGGGACCGCCGCCGAGGUGCGCGUCCGUGCGGCUCAGCCCAGCGGGAGACGCGGGGAGAAUGUGGACUGGGUAGAGAUGAGCGAGACUUUUCUCAGAUGUUGGAUAUUUGCGUGGAAAAACGUGUGGGUACGACCUUGGCUGCCCCCAAGUGUAGCUCCGGUGCUGUGAGGUUUCAGGAAUUGGCAGAGGGGACCGAGGGAACCAUGAAAAUGGACAUGGAGGAUGCGGAUAUGACUCUGUGGACAGAGGCUGAAUUUGAAGAGAAGUGUACAUACAUUGUGAACGACCACCCCUGGGAAGCCGGUGCUGAUGGCGGGACUUCGGUUCAGGCGGAGGCAUCCUUACCGAGGAAUCUGCUUUUCAAGUGUGCCACAAACAGCAAAGAGGUUCUUGGCGUGAUGAGUAAAGAAUACAUACCAAAGGGCACACGUUUUGGGCCCCUAAUAGGUGAAAUCUACACCAGUGACACAGUUCCCAAGAACGCCAACAGGAAAUAUUUUUGGAGGAUCUAUUCCAGGGGGGAGCUUCUCCACUUCAUUGAUGGCUUUAAUGAAGAGAAAAGCAACUGGAUGCGCUAUGUGAAUCCAGCGCACUCUGCCCGGGAGCAAAACCUGGCUGCGUGUCAGAACGGGAUGAACAUCUACUUCUACACCAUUAAGCCCAUCCCUGCCAACCAGGAACUUCUUGUGUGGUAUUGUCGGGACUUUGCAGAAAGGCUUCACUACCCUUAUCCCGGAGAGCUGACAAUGAUGAAUCUCACACAAACACAGAGCAAUCUAAAGCAACUGAGCACAGAGAAAAAUGAACUCUGCCCAAAGAAUGUCCCAAAGAGAGAGUACAGCGUGAAAGAAAUCCUCAAAUUGGACUCCAACCCCUCCAAAGGCAAGGACCUGUACCGUUCUAACAUUUCACCCCUGACAUCAGAAAAGGACCUCGAUGACUUUAGAAGACACGGGAGCCCCGAAAUGCCCUCCUACCCUCGGGUGGUUUACCCCAUCCGGGCCCCUCUGCCAGAAGACUUUUGGAAAGCUUCCCUGGCCUACGGGAUGGAGAGACCCACUUACAUCACUCACUCCCCCAUUCCAUCCUCCACCACUCCAAGCCCCUCUGCAAGAAGCAGCCCCGACCAAAGCCUCAAAAGCUCCAGCCCCCACAGCAGCCCUGGGAACACGGUGUCCCCUGCGGGCCCCGGCUCUCAAGAGCACCGGGACUCCUACGCUUACUUGAACGCGCCCUACGGCUCGGAAGGUUUGGGCUCCUACCCCGGCUACGCACCCCUGCCCCACCUCCCGCCAGCCUUCAUCCCCUCGUACAACGCUCACUACCACAAGUUCCUCCUGCCCCCCUACGGCAUGAAUUGUAAUGGCCUGGGGGCUGUGAGCAACAUGAAUGGCCUCAACAACUUUGGCCUCUUCCCGAGGCUGUGCCCUGUCUACAGCAACUUCCUCAGUGGGGGCAGCCUGCCCCACCCCGUGCUCAACCCCCCUUCCCUCCCAAGCUCGCUGCCCUCAGACGGAGCCCGGAGGUUGCUGCAGCCGGAGCAUCCCAGGGAGGUGCUUGUCCCAGCGCCCCACAGUGCCUUCUCCCUUACCGGGGCCGCUGCCAGCAUGAAGGACAAGGCCUGUAGCCCCACGAGCGGGUCUCCCACGGCGGGCACAGCCGCCACGGCAGAACAUGUGGUGCAGCCCAAAGCUACCUCAGCAGCGAUGGCAGCCCCCAGCAGCGACGAAGCCAUGAAUCUCAUUAAAAACAAAAGAAACAUGACUGGCUACAAGACCCUUCCCUACCCGCUGAAGAAGCAGAACGGCAAGAUCAAGUACGAAUGCAACGUUUGCGCCAAGACUUUCGGUCAGCUCUCCAAUCUGAAGGUCCACCUGAGAGUGCACAGUGGAGAACGGCCUUUCAAAUGUCAGACUUGCAACAAGGGCUUUACUCAGCUCGCCCACCUGCAGAAACACUACCUGGUACACACGGGAGAAAAGCCCCAUGAAUGCCAGGUCUGCCACAAGCGAUUUAGCAGCACCAGCAAUCUCAAGACCCAUCUGCGACUCCAUUCCGGAGAGAAACCGUACCAGUGCAAGGUGUGCCCUGCCAAGUUCACCCAGUUCGUGCACCUGAAACUGCACAAGCGUCUGCACACCCGGGAGCGGCCCCACAAGUGUGCCCAGUGCCACAAGAACUACAUCCAUCUCUGUAGCCUCCAGGUUCACCUGAAGGGGAACUGCCCUGUAGCCCCGGCCCCCGGGCUGCCCUUGGAAGACCUGACCCGAAUCAAUGAAGAAAUCGAGAAGUUUGACAUCAGCGACAAUGCCGACCGGCUCCAGGACAUGGAGGAUGACAUCAGUGUGGUCUCUGUCGUGGAGAAGGAAAUUCUGGCCAUGGUCAGAAAAGAGAAAGAGGAAACUGGCCUGAAAGUUUCUUUGCAAAGAAACAUGGGGAAUGGACUCCUCUCCUCAGGGUGUGGCCUUUACGAGUCAUCAGAUCUGCCCCUCAUGAAGUUGCCUCCCAGCAACCCGCUACCUCUGGUACCUGUAAAGGUCAAACAAGAAACAGUCGAACCAAUGGAUCCUUAAGAUUUUCUGAAAACACUUGUUUUGUUUCUUAAGUUAUGACUUGGUGAGUCAGGGUGCCUGUAGGAAGUUGCUUGUACAUAAUUCCAGCUCUGCAAAGCUCUCUUGAUAGCAAAUGGUUUCCCUCACCUCUGGAAUUAAAGAAGGAACUCCAAAGUUACUGAAAUCUCAGGGCGUGAACAAGGCAAAGGCCAUAUAUAUAUAUAUAUAUAUAUAUAUAUAUAUAUACACACACACAUAUUAUAUAUACUUAUUUACUCCCAUGUCUAUAUAUUUGCGCCUGUGUAUUUUGAAUAUUUGUGUGGAUAUGUUUGCAUAGCCUUCCCAUUACUAAGACUCUUGCCUAGUCUUAAUUAUUUUUUCAAUGAUAAUCCUUCAUAAUUUAUUAUACAAUUUAUCAUUCAGAAAGCAAUAAUUAAAAAAGUUUACAAUAAC